AUGAUCCAAGCAGAAGCUGACGACUAUGCAGAUGGCUGGGGAAGGUUCCAGUUUAUCUUCGGCGACACCGUGGCUCCUGGGGCGCACUCUGGUGUUGGCAUGUGCGCAGGGCCCGAUCUGGGCAGAGUCCGCUUGGUGCAUCCCCCUGCGGAAGCCGCGCCAUUUGUCAAAGCUGGCCGGCUGGCGCUCUACCAUCUCGUCCUCCAGGGAAGCCGGCGGCACAAAUCCGACACCGGACAGGGGCCAGUAUUUGUCUUUGUGCUUUACGGCGAUCAACAUGAUCCGCGUGCUCGUGACGAACUAUUCCUCGCCAUCGAAGAGUGGUCUUCCGCACUGAUGCAUGCGCCCGUGUUGAUCUUCGGCGAUUUCAACACCGUCGUAGAGGAGUCGCACGUCCUGCGGCGGUGGCAGUACACUGGCAGAUUCCACGACGUGUUCCUCGAGUGCGCCCUCACGCAGGGGACGGGGCCAAAGCCCACUACUCGAGGACGCCAAGGGCAGAGGCGCAUCGACAUGUGUUGGAUCAAUCCUUGUGCUCGCUAUGUCGUGUCGCCCUCCUGCCGACAGGAGCAGAUAUUCUCCACUCAUGACACAUUGGUGAUCGAGCUCUGUCUGCAGUCAUUCGUGCAGCGGGUGGGCAGGCGGAGCAUGCCUCCACCGCUGCCUGUGGGCAAGUGCCUGGUGUCCCCCAAUGAUCUGGUGCAGAUCCGCUCCCUGAAGCAACAGGAAUGGGAGGCCCUGGCCGCGAUCGUGGAACCAAGGCGGGUCUCCGGUGGCAUCCGCGCCACCAUGCACGUGGUCGGUUGCAGCCCGUCCGCAAAGCAUAUGUUGUGCCGCCUGUAUCACGAGCCAACCGAGAAGCAACAUCCUCAGCUAGCCGUCAUGUACAAGUCACCAGAUGUGUACAUUUACAGCGGCGUUUGGAGGCACUCCGAAGAAUGCAGGUGCAUGGGUCUCAGAAAGUCAGGCAUGCCUAAUGACGCAGAGUAUGCCGCGAUCGCCGAGCAGCUGAGCGGGAAACUGCAACAUUUCACGGCCAGAGCGGAGCGCAGGCAGAUGGCCCGGCGCAACUCAGCCCUCAGGACAUCUCGUCGGUUCGCCUACGUGGCCGGUCAAGAUCUGGCGCCGUCGCAUUUCGUGAAUGUUGCCCCUGGUGGAGCUCCGCCAGAAUACACCACGUCCAUUCCGGUCAUCGAUGAGAAGGUGCGCGCUUUCUGGAAGAACGUAUGUCGGCGACCGGAUACAUCCUUCCCUCGCCUGCUGGAGAAGCUGUUGGACACAGUUCCAGCGCAUCAGCCUUUCCCGUUGCGCCCCAUCACGUCUUCUGACAUACGAUCGGCUUUGGCCAAGAGCAAGGGCGGCCCGGGAGGAGAUGCCUGGACGUCAGCCCAACUGCGGGCGGUCCCAGAGCUCUACGAUCAGCUGGCGACGCUGUUCAUGAUGGCCGAGAAAACUGGCAUCAACCCUUCGCAACACUUGUCUGGCGAUGUCACUUGUAUACCUAAGCCUGGCUCCUCGGGGCACUUCUCCGAGCUGCGACCAAUCACUGUGUUGGCUACGUUGUAUCGCCUCCACGGCACCGUGCGGCUCCAGACGACACUGUUUGAUUGGCAGGAGCACGUCAUGGGGACGUACCCUUUCGCCGGCUGUCGGCGGCGUACGUCUGCUCGCCAUCUGUCCUACCCUUUUGCCGUCUUCGUGGAGCACGGUGAGGUGUUCAAUCAGCAAGUGUGGGCUGCCGCCUACGACCUGGAGAAGGCUUUCGAGUCCAUCAGCACGGAGCCGGAUGGGCACCUAUGGCGGAUCUUGGCGAAGACCGGCUAUCCACAGCAGCUCGCGGCGCUGGCCCAGGACUUCCACGCCAAUCUCGUGGUGAGGUACAAGUACUCCGGCUUCCUGGGGCAACCUUUUGGCUUCGCAGACGGGCGCCGGGGAGCGCCGCAGGGCGAUCCGCUGUCCAUGGUCUACAUGAACGCCUUGGUCUUCGUGUGGAUGACCGCCGUCGAGCACGGUGCCACGAAAAGCUUGGCCUUCGGAGGAGUUCGUUUGCACGUGGGGCGGAAGCAGCUGCCCGCCGCUUCUGGCGUGAAGAUGCUGGGAGACUGGGCCGCUAUCCAGGAUGGGGACAUGCGUGAUCCCGUGACGCUGCCGGCCAAGCGCGUGCAGACAUGCCGACAACGCCUGCCUCGUAUUGCUGAGCUGCCCGGCACCAGAGACCAGCGCUUGAGCAUGAUCGCCACGAGCGCAAUCCCUACUCUCUACGGUUCUGAAUUUGCCGACGUGCCAGUCAAGGACGCCAUGGGCCUUCGGAAGGCUGUCUGGAAGGCUGCGAGAGGAGGGCGUGAACCACUCGCCACAGCUGCCUUGGAGGUGUGCAUGACCAUUUACGCCCAAGGGCACAGGCUUGAUCCCAUGCAGUGCUUUGAUUACCAGCGGAUCACUCUCUUUGCUCGCUACUCGUGGCCAGACCGCGGCACGGCGACCGAGAUCGAGGCCCUGCGCGUGCAUUACAGCAGACUGUCCGGCACCAUCCCUUGCGAGGGGCCAGUGUCGCUGCUCGUGCGGUCGCUUCGGUCCAUUAAGUGGGCGUGGGAAUGGGAUGGUACCAGCGCCGGCUGGAUUUUCAUAUCUGGCUGUGGCCGGCGUUACGCUCUGCCGGUGCCAGCUGACGAGUGGGAUACGUUCGUUCACCAUCUCCGAGAUGCUCUCCGGUCGCGAGAAUUGUGCGAUCUUGUCAGCACUUCGAGGCGAAAUGGGCUCCGCCCCCGCUGGGAGUUCCAGGGCGUUCAGGGGGGUAUCGAUUUUGCUGCUCACCGCGAAGCUUUCCUUGAGUGUGACCCUUGGGACGGAGGCGUGCUUACAAACAUCGUCACUGGGGCUGCGUACACACGAGAGCGUCUGUUUCGGCACGGCAGGCGGGUCCCGCAUCCGCACUGUGUAUUCGACUCUUGCAAGGGCCGCGACGUGCUUGAGACCCGGGAGCAUCGGUAUUGGUGGUGCCCUCAGUGGGAGCACUUGCGGCCGGCCUGGUUCCGCAGUCUCCGCGCCCAUGCUUCUGAUAUGCCUGCGUGUAUGCUCAAUUGCGCCAUUGUGCCUGCGACUGCAGACUGGACGGGCAGGUUUUCUUUCACCGUGGCGCAGCUGCAGAAAGUGUUCCUGGCCAUUGACACUGCCGCCGCGACCCUCAACGGCGAGGCGGGCCACGCCGACCCCGGGGGCGGCGACGACCCCCCCUCGCGUCGACCAGCGGCUCCAGCAGCCUCGAAACAUCCACAGGAUCAGGUCGUCUUCUACACAGUGGACCUGCCUGAUGGAUCUCAAGCGAGACGUGUGAAGUGCGAGAAAUGCGGUCGAUCUGGUCUGAGCACCUCCAACAGUAUCUUGCACGAUUUCUGGUUGAAGGAGUGCCGGAGCACGGGGCGCCUUGCAGGCGAGCGGGCGCGGCCUACCAUGUCGUUGGUCAACAUCGACAGGUCCUGGGUGGUGGCCAAACCGAAGUUUCAGCGUGUCGUUGACCAGCUCAGCGAGUACCACCGACACCCUCUGCAGUGGUCAGGAGAGAGAUAUGCCCCUGUGACCUGUGGGCGUUGCAAGUGGGUCGUCAUCCUUCACCCCAUCAUGGCCCGUGACCCCGAGGAGUGGCACAAGCAUGCUCUGGUGUGCCCGGGCAACGCAGGAGCAGCCACAGCUAAGCUGGAG